AUGGCGGCGUCCAGAGGAGAUGCCACGUCUGUCUCGGCGUUAGAAACCAUGGAAAAUUUGACAGAUAUUGAGGAAAUUAAGCAUGCUUUCGAACGACUAUGCUCAGAUGAGGAUGAUAUCAACUUACAUUUAGAUGGAUUGUUAGAACACCAGGCAUCCCUUGAAAGCAAGAUGAGUGGACUACAAAGGAUAGUACCAAACAUUCAGAUAUUAGAAACAGAUUCCAAACAACUGUCAAGUAUGGUCUCCUUUACAUCAACAUUGGCUGAAAACGUCAGCAGCAAAGUGAGGCAGCUAGAUUUAGCAAAGAGUAAUGUGACUGCUGCUAUCACCAGAGUGGAAGAUGUACUAGAUCUAAAGUUUUGUACUGAUGGUGUUCAGACUGCACUGCAGAAUGAGGACUAUGAAAAGGCAGCAGGACAUGUCCACAGGUUCCGAAGUCUGGAUGAAAACAUCUUAAGGAUGUCCUCAGAUGCAGAUGAGGGAAGCACGCUAGAAAUAUCUUUCAAGCUUCUACAUGAAGCAGAAGAAAAGCUGAAGACAAUUGUGUCGGGUAAAUUUGAUGCAGCUGUACAUGCUGGAGAUUUGGCUUCUGUAGAACGCUUCUUUAAAAUUUUCCCUUUACUUGGUCAACACGAUGAAGGACUCACCAAGUUUGGGAAGUAUUUGGCAUCACAGCUGUCUGAUACAAGUGAUAAAAACCUCAAGAUAGCUGAAGCUCUGAGAUCUGAAAACAAGGGAGCUAACUGUGUGUUUGCUGACACAGCGACACAGUUGUUUGAGAGUAUAGCACGUGUUGUUGAAAUGCGACAACCCUUGGUGGAAACUUAUUAUGGUCAUGGUAAAUUAUUCAUGUUGUUGAAAAUUCUACAAAAGGAAUGUGAUCGACAAUCUAGAAAAAUCAUCCAGGAAUUCAAAAGGAAACGGAUGUUUGAUUCCAUUUUACAACAGGUCCAACAGAAUAUGGUGUUCCAUAAGCCAAACUCCACUGACAAAUUUGAUGCUAAAGAUUUGGAUAUUCUACUAGCAGAGGUUGUACUCCUCAACACAAGAACAGAAUUGUAUUUACGGUUUUUCAAAAGACGUGCUAUGAAUGACAUAGAAGCAGCUGCCGAAGGCCAAACAGAUUUUAAGGGGUCUGAUGUCGUAACAUUCCUAGUUAACUGUGAUCUAAGCCGCCUGAUGCAGGAACUCAUUGGUAUCUACAUCAUGAUGGAGGAGUUCUUUAUGAGAGAGAUGGUCCUCAAGGCUGUGUCAGUGGACUCGGUGGAAGAGGGUGCUCAGACAUCCAGUAUGGUGGAUGACAGCUUUUUCAUUGUUAAAAAAUGUGUUAGACGUGCCAUUUCUAGUUCGAGUGUGGAUGGUGUGUGUGCUAUGCUGAACCAUGCGUGUACACUGCUGGAACAGGAUUUCCGUGAGGUGCUCUACUCCAGACUAAGGUCAGGAUUCCCGCUGGGGUUUGACCUAGUCCAGGCCUACAACAUGGUCCAGUCCAGCAUCAAAGGAAAUCUUAAGACGUCUGACACAGAGCAGGCCAAAACUUUAUUUAUAGUUAGUUUAAACAAUGCAGAAGCAACCUGUGAAUAUUGUAAAGCGUUGAAAACAAGUCUCAAUGAUGAAGUUUCAAAGCUAUUUAACCAAUGUGAAGAACAAAGCAAGGCAAAGUUAGAGAGUUGCUUGUCAGACCUGGCGGCUGUAGGUAACAGAUACAAAGAUGUAGUAGACUUUGGGUUCUCACAGCUCAACAGCAGUGCCAUCAAACCCCGCAUCAAACCACUGACUGACAGCUUCCUGUCCACUGGUCACACCAUCUCGGAGGAAGAGUUUUCUAAUUAUGAAGCCAACGACCCGUGGGUACAGAACUUCAUCAUGGAGAUAGAUACUACACUUGGCACAUUUAAGAGUUCAUUGUCACCUGGGAAUUAUGACCGAUUUGUCAGCAUGAUUACAGCAGAAGUGACGUCACAGCUGGAGAGGGCGGUCCUAAAGACAGCAUACAAUAGGCUUGGUGGACUACAGUUCGACAAGGAGUUACGGAGCUUAGUGGGUUAUCUCACCACAGUAACCACGUGGACGAUCAGGGACAAGUUUGCCCGUCUCACACAGAUGGCCACAAUUCUUAACUUAGAGAAGGUAACAGAAAUCCUGGACUACUGGGGACCAAACUCCGGACCAUUAACAUGGCGACUCACCCCCACAGAAGUCAGACAUGUACUCUCACUCAGGGUCGAUUUCAGAAGUGAAGAUAUAAAACGGUUAAAGUUAUGACGCAGGAGACAAGAUUUCCACAGGGCGUGAGAGAGAGAGGAAGUGCUACUCAACUCUGGCUGUGCAAUUGUAUAUAAGUGUGUUUUUUAUAUUGAGGUGUUAACCCUGUCAUCAGAGAAGGAAUCAUACCAAUUAUUGUGAUGGUAAAAUGUUGUUUAUAAAAUUUGACAUUUUGGUUCUAUGACAUUUCCUUAUCAAUCUAAAAACACCAUAUACCACACAUUAAUACCACCUUUCAUAAGGGUUUCAUUAUCAGUUUUAAGUUGGUAUGCUUUUAAAAUUGAAGUCCUUAAUAAUCCCUAGUUCUCAUGUAGACUGAUUGUCCUAUUUCCAUGUGUUGUUAAUACUAAUUUUGUCUUAGAAACCGAUCUCCACUGAAAUGAUAUACUCUAUAAUUACAUUAAGGUGGAGUGUCCUAUCACUUCUCUACUGUUUACAGGCCUUCGGAAGUUUUAUUCCUGGUCAUAUUAGUUAUAAACUGUGGGUCCUUCUUCAGGAGUUCAACAAAUUACUAUCAAUAUUCUUACAGGACAGUAUCAACACAACAAGCAUCAUGACUGGUAGUAUAAUGGAUAAGCUGAAGGCUUUGGGUUGUCUCCCCUGGCCUAGGCAUACCAGAGUCUCUAAAAUGGUAGCUGCUACAGUGCUACUCCUGCUUAACGCUCAGUGUUUUGUGAGUGGGACAACUGGUUCGCCCAAUGUCAGUAUAAUGUGACAGGGUGGGUGUCCUGCUGGGUGUCUUUGGCAAGUAUGCUUCUUUGAGGUAGCAUUAUAAAGUCGACAUAAGUUUGAUGCUAUCAUACGGAGACAAACUUGGAUAUAUAUAUACUGCAGCCUCCCGAAACGCUCACAGCAUGCAGGCAGCUUGCACACAGGGAGGCCAUUCUUAAAUGACCAAAGUUGUUGAUAGGAUAUUCCACAAUACAAACCAAAUCUAUAAUCCAAUAAAAAAUAUCCUGGAAUCAAAUACUAUCAGUUAAUUUGUUGUUUCUGUGAAAGAGAAACCUUAAGUGGAUAGAUUUCUUCGAUAUAGAGCUCAACGAGAAAGCACCUCCAAAUUAGAACAGGAUGAGAGAAUCAGAACACCUGAAAUACAGAUUAGAGAACUGGGUCACUCUACCUUAAAACCUUCGUACAUAAUAUUACGUAAUUUUACCUGUUGUCAGACAAGAUGAACCCUAUACAUAUAUGUGCUAAUCAUUGGUUCUACACAUGAUUAUAAUGGUUCCUGUCUAUCACCAUGAGAUGAGAAUCUAAUCAUUCAUGAUUGUGUUAACUUUGUAAAUGUUUUCUUCUGCUUCUGUCUCAUUAGGGCCUCAGUGUUAAAUGUUCUAGUUUUGUUUAAUUUGACUUGGUACAUGAUUGUAAUAUGCAGUGAUAAGAAGACUUGGUACAUUAUUGUAAUAUGCAGUGAUAAGAAGACUUGGUACAUUAUUGUAACAUUCAGUGAUAAGAAGUCUGAACCUUACCGUAAUUUCUUGUAUAUUGCCUGGGGGCUAUACAAUUUAAAACAUUAAAAAAUGCCUUCUGCAGGCUAUCUAUUGAAGCAGGCUAUCUAUUGAAGCAGGCUAUCUAUUGAAGCAGGCUAUCUGACAAAAUGUUUUCCAAAAAAACAAAUCUGUGGGUUAUACAAUACUUGUCUGAUCCAUGUUAACUUUUUGUGUUUCCCUGAUGUACUAUCAGGUGCUGACAUUACUGUUUGUGUCAGAAAUAUAAAUUAUACAUUUACCUGUGCAUAGACAUAAAAAUAAAAACAUCUCGCAUGUAGAUCUAGAAAAUUGAUAACGUACACUUCAUAUUCAUAGUUAAACAAGCUGCAGGCAAUGUACCAGAGCGGACUAUCUGCAGAAUUCAAAUUAUAAAACCAUUAUUUUGGUUUGUGCAGGCAAUCUAACGAAGUGAGAAAUACACAGGAAAUUACAGUGAACAAAAUAACAUCGGCCUCAUCAGCAUCAUUUCACUGCAUUAACUUGUUACAUAUUAUGAUGUUUACAGCGACUAUUACCUUAGAUUUCACCCUCAGGAAACAGAGAGUUCAGCCUAUAAAUGAUUACCAGGGUAUGCCUAUAAUACGAUACACGGGCCUUUAUUGUCACCUUUGCUGUUUUUGUACAUACUUUUAGGGUUUAAACAUUGUUCACUUCACCUUCAAUAAAUAGAAAAUGUUAGUUUUGUAACAAACUCUUAGAAAGUAUCUGGUGUUAUAGCUUUUUCUACAAGUGAUUUUUAACAUUAUAGUCACUUUAAGCUAUAUAUUGCUUUGAUUUAAUUUUUUCAAAUUUGCAACUUCAAGUUCCCAGAUAGAUUCAGCAGUGUUUAGGUGUGUUUUUUCCCUUUCCUUUGAAUGAAAAUCUCAUAAUCAGCCUCAAAAUUAAAUACAAUAGCGUGUGGGAUAGAUUGAAACUAAAUGUUUUGUUACAUAUAUUUGGUUGAAUUAGAAAACUAAUGUUAUGAUGUUCUUUCUAACAGUAUUAAAAGAUCUGAUUACCAUUUACAAGUCUACAAAAUUCCAGGAUAAGAACUGUAUAUAAACCAUGUGACCCGCUCCAUUUACUGUGGUUUUUCUCCGGGUGCUCCGGUUUUCCUCCACCUGGCUUUCCUCCACCUCCAAAACCUGGCAUGUCCUUAUAUGACCCUGGCUGUUAAUAGGACGUUAAACAAAAUAAACCAAACCAAAACCAUUUACUGUGGUGUGUGGUCAAUGUAUUGUGAUGUUCAGUGACCUGUUCCCUUUACAGUGCUGAUACUAGAAUAAAGAAUGUAAAUCUCCUGGACUUUUACAGCAGUAGUAAUCAUACAAAAUGGAUAUUUGUGAAUGGCAAUUUGUUCCAUGCAAUCUUCAUAUGAGGGUUCUACAUUUUCCCAGUUGGUAAUAUUCAAUUAUAAGGAAACUUCUAGUUAAAGCUUGAUGUAUCCCCAGAGACCAGUAUUCUAAUGACUGUUCCUGAACCCUAAGUCUUCCUUUAGUUAUGGAUUAUUUGUGAUUACCUGUUACAUAUAACAAAUGAUCAGCAUGAUAACAAAGAAUUGUAAUGAGUCCAUCAUCAGUAUUCCUUUUCAGUCCCCUAAGUUUUACAAUUGUAAAGAACCUACAAACCCAGUUGAGUUUUAGUGGUUACAAGCUAGACCAAUAUAUAUCAUUUAAAAGUCACAGGUUUCACCGCGAGGUGGUGUACAACCUAGGUAUACAUUGUAUAAAAUUGUACGACCUAGGUGUAUGACAUUGUAUGACCUAUGUGUAUGACAUUGUAUGACCUAGGUGUAUAACAUUGUAUGACCUAGGUGUAUAACAUUGUAUGACCUAGGUGUAUAACGCUGUAAGACCACCAAGGUGUAUAACAUUGUAUGACAAUGUAUGACCAAGGUGUGUUACAUUGUAUGACAUUGUAUGACCUAGGUGUAUAACACUGUAUGACCAAGGUGUAUAACAUUGUAUGACCUAGGUGUAUAACGCUGUAAGACCACCUAGGUGUAUGACAUUGUAUGACCUUGGUGUAGAACAUGGUGUCCUGUAUGUGGAUGAACAGUUGUAGAUCUUUGACAUUCUGUCCCGAUUCAUGAAAAUGACAGAGUACAUUUUAUUUGAAGUGUGUUAGUUCUGUAUGAACUAUUUGAUUUGUUAUCAGUGCUAGAUGUGAAUUCAUGGCAGAUACUAUUUCACAUGUGAUGUAAGAAAUGUACAGUAGUUUGCCUUUUUAUUUAGCUUGUGUGUAUCUGUAUUUAUUUUGUUACAUUUUACAUAGUUAAUGUUGAUAAAAGUUUUAAUAAGAUAUGUUAUCAAAGUUUGAUUUUAAGUGUAUUUAUUCAGCAAAGUCAAAGGGGAUUCCAUAUUUAUAAUUUAUUUAUAUGUGGUUGUUACAGGAUGUUCAGGUGUGAAUGUAUGUAUGACUGAAUGAGAAAAUGACAUGCAUGGGUUUAAUCAAGAUAUGAGUGGAUUCUGAGACUGAAUAGCAGAUGUAUUGUGUGUGGAGACAAUGAUGGACAUGGCACAGUUGGUAGUCUGAAAACCCACCAGUGGAAGGCUAUAGAUUUGAUUCUGUAAAAGAAUGAUAUUUUUGUUUGUAUAUGCUUCUCAAAAGACAGGGCCCUGUUUAUAUGUGUGUUGGAUAAGAGAGUGGGACUUGUUUGAGUGUCAAGAGAAUCGUGGGGCCCUUUUGUUAACAUGUAUCAGAUAUGUGCUUGCUGAGAGGGGCUCUCUGAGGAGACAGAUCCUUUUGUAUGAUGUGCUAGCUGAGAGGGGCUCUCUGAGGAGACAGAUCCUUUUGUAUGAUGUGCUAGCUGAGAGGGGCUCUCUGAGGAGACAGAUCCUCUGAUGUGAAGUUUGGUGGCCAGGGGACAGAUCCUUUUGUAUGAUGUGCUGAGAAAAAGAUAAUUUUGUGACUGUGUAUGAUUUGGGUGUUCAGAAAUGAAGCUAGUGUGUGUUGGUGAAAAUAAAGGCCCUUUUAUGAUAGACCAACCCCUUCGUUAGUACAUGUAUGUAUAUGAUGGCCAAGAGGCCCUUUGAGGGACUAUAUGUUAGACAACUGGAAUAUUUAACCUUAUAUAUGGAGAAAUAUUUGACACAAAAUUCCAUCAUAUUUGUAUGAUACAUUAAUAUGGGAAAAAUCUAAGACAUGUUACAGUUUUGUAUAACAGUGUUACACUGGUACAAAUGUAUAUGUAAAUAGUGUAUAAAGACUGGGAUUUAACAUUGUUUUAUAGAUAUGGGAACAUUCAAAUAAAAUUUGACAAUAACUA